AUGAAUAAUCAAUUUAUCUUUAAGUUAUUUAUAUGUAUUCUAUUUGUUCUGAAUGGACAAUUAUGUCACAGUAGAAACAUCAUUGUUGAUACUGAUACCAAAAGAUAUAUUGAUUCUUAUGGUAGAGAAAUGUAUUUCCAUGGUGUAAAUGUUGUUGUUAAAGAACCACCUUGGACACCAUUAUUAAAUAUAACAAAUUACCAAUUAAUGCAAGAAUGGGGAUUAAAUUCAAUUAGACUUGGUGUAAUGUGGGCAGGUGUGACACCAGAGGUAAGAGGUGAAUAUAAUCAAACCUAUUUGGAUUAUAUUUCAAACCUUGUAGAGGUAAUGGGUGAAUACAAUAUCUUUACAUUGGUAGAUUGUCAUCAAGAUUUAUACUCGUGGGUGUAUUGCGGUGAUGGCGCACCAGCAUGGGCUUCUUCAAUUCCAACCGAAGGUAUUGGAAUGUUCCCAGAACCACUAAGUAAACCAUUUGUUAUUAAUACAACUGAUUUGGUUCCAUCAAAUCAGGAUUGUGGAUUACAUUCAUGGUCAUCAUACUAUUUCUCUGACGCUGUUAGUAAGGCAUUCCAAAAUCUCUACGAUAAUGUAGAUGGUAUCCAAGAUGAAUUUUCAAAUUAUUGGCAACAAGUUGUACAAACCUUGAAAGAUAGUCAAUAUGUAUUGGGUUAUGAAUUAAUCAAUGAGCCAUGGGCAGGUGAUAUUUAUAGAGAUCCAUUAUUAAUGGUACCUGAAACAGCCGAUAAAAUCAAUUUGGCACCAAUGUAUGAAAGACUGUCAAAAGAUAUUAGAUCAAUUGAUCCAGAUCAUAUUAUCUUUUUUGAAUCUGUAACUUGGGACGAAUAUGGAGUAGGUUUUGACACAGUUCCAGGAGGAAAUGAUUGGAGAAACCUAUCGACCUUGUCCUAUCACUAUUAUGUACCACCUGAUUUUUCAAUCAAAGAAAUUAUGUGGGCAAGAAUGAGAGACUUGGAGAAACUUGGAACUGCUGGUUUCCUUACAGAGUUUGGAGGACCACAAGUUGGUGAUCCUCAAGCCAUGAUCCAAGUAUUGGAAGAAACUGAUUUGAAUUUACAAUCUUGGAUGCUUUGGGUAUACGAUUCUUUAUUCAAUGAUAAUGGAGAACCAAAUCCAGAACAGAUAAAGAUAUUUAGUAGAACUUAUCCUCAAUAUGUAAGUGGAACCACCAAAUCAAUGUCAUUUAAUACAACAAGUGGAGAAUUUUCAAUGGUUUAUACUAUGAAUCCAAAUAUUCAAGAACCAACAGAAAUCUAUUUGAAUGAGAAUGUCCAUUACCCAAAUGGUUACACUUUCACUGUUUCACCUUCCAAAGAUGUUGUGAUUGCAUCAACUCAAACCAAUAGAUUAUUAUUGACAAAUAAUAAUAAUCAACCAAUUGAUGUUACCAUUACAAUCACUGCAAAUUAA